AUUGAGUAUGUGGUGACAUGCGUAAUCAUUAGUAUCGGCAUUCCUUUGACUCUAGUGGCCAUCUACUCUCUUUAUUUCCAGGUGCAAAAUAACAAUGUUGCUCCAAUCUACAUCAUCAACCUCCUCAUCUCUGACAUCAUUCAGUUCUGCUACAUGAUCGUCGAAGUGGCAGAACCUGACUGGAAGAUCUAUGUUAUCUUCCUUUAUAUUUACGACUUUGGUUUGAUGGCCAGUGUUGGCUUCAUGGUCUGUAUCGCCCUGGAAAGGUAUUUGGUCAUCGCAUGGCCACUGUGGUACCGCUUCAGAAGAACCGUCAAGAUCUCUCUUGUUGUCUGUGUCGUGGUCUGGACCCUUCCUCUUGUUUUUGUCCUUCUUUCCUUUUUCUGGUUUGAAUCUUCAUUCAUCAUUCGCGGCGUCGUCUUCCUCGUUCCUUUCCCACUGCUCAUAUUCUUCCUGGGUGGGACCCUCAAAUCGCUGUCUGCUGCCAUCUCGGUCUCCUCUGAUGAAAAACAACGAAUUGUGGGAAUUUUGGUCCUGGUGCUGCUCAUCUACACGCUGCUGUUUCUACCCACCAUCAUCAUUUACCUGGUAGAGAAAACCAGAGAUAAUCAGAUCUUCAGCUACCUGACUGUCAUAUUUCUUCAGCUCAGUCCUCUUGCAGACUUGAUUCUGUAUGUUUUCAUGAAGAAAGGGGUCAUAGACAAGCUUUUGGCCUCUCUGUGUUGUUGCAGAAUGGACAGUGAUGAUAACAGCAGAUCAUCAGCAUGAAAGACAACAACAUGUACACAGUCAGCUCCAUGCAGGCAGAGAAAGAGGGAGAAAGAAAAGGGAGAAAACAGAUGUUAACUGUAAUGUGUCUGAAUGUUAACUAAAAUGCACUUAAACUAGCGAACAAGAGAUAAAUAAAGUGUUUGCUGUAUGACAACAAAAGACUUUGUGCCACAUCAUUAGUUGAAAUGUUGGUGUCAGUUA